CCACGACCACAUGCGAGACCGAUCGGAUCAAAUCGGUUGCGCCGCAGCUCGAAAGUUACCGAGAGUUCCGAAAACACUUUUAAUCGAGUUCUACCGGACAUCAGCCGUCACGGUCAUUUGAGCACUCAAUCUAUCAGCCCCAGAGUUUUUAAGAGGUCAGCAGCCAUGCAUGUGAAACUUUUGCUGAACUUGGUGUGCAUGGUGCUUAUGGGUAUUUUUAAUGUUGCGACCACCUGUCUAAUAAUCAGUGAGGUAAACUGUGACAAUCCCAAACUGGACACUCAUGAAUUCGUGGAGUUGUACAAUGAUGGCUCGAAUCCUGCUUCUCUGGAUGGCUAUGCUCUCGUGUUCUACAACGGCAAUGGAGACUUUGCCUACCAUGUCAUCAAUCUAACUGGACACCAGACGGAUCAGCAAGGCUACUUUUUAGUUGGAUCUUCUGAACUGAAUCCCCGUCCCGCAAUCGUUCUCCUUCCCAACUCUGUUCAGAACGGACCUGAUGCCAUUGCGCUCUACGGGCCCAAUUGGACUCCGGUUCCAGUUGGUGGGCAUGUUUCCAGAGUUGGUUUGUUAGACGCAGUGGUGUACACUUCUCGUAAAUCCACAGAAGGUGCUGAUGGUCUUGCUUCAGUUCUGACUCCAGGUUCAGUUCCGUACGUGGAGGAUGAGCGAGCUUUGGAAGGGGACGAGUCGAUUCAACGCUGUUGGCAGUCUGAAAACCUCUGGACAUUCCAUACGGGCCCACCCACUCCUGGAUGGAUCAAUCACUGCCCACCGCCGACCCCUAGCCAUGUUUGGAUCAAUGAAGUGGAUCUCGGUGGGCUGGAUCAAAAGGGCCUUGUGGAACUCAGUGUUGGCAUGGUAAACAGAUCGUUUUCUGUGGUUCUUUAUGAUGUCACCACAGAUCUGAUCAGCUCAAGUGUUGAGUUCAUUGCAACAGAGGCCGGAAUCUUUACCCUAUCUUUGGACACUGCCGUUUUGUCAGUGUCACAAAGUGUGGCUUUGGCAGUGUAUAAAGGCCCUGCGUCAGAGUUCCCCAAGGGCAGCACCCUCAGCCACCAGCAGCCAAUCGAUGCCUUUGUUUAUAGUGAUUCAAUACACAUGCCCAGUGAUAAUCUCACAGAGAUGCUCAUACCUGGGAGAAAACCAUUCAUACUCACAGAGAGUUUUCACACAGUUGGUGUUUAUGGCAGUCGCUGCGGUGUUGCUGAAUGGACGAGAGAUCCGGGACUGUUUGUAAUGAGGCCGCGAAGUCCCGGAAAAGCCAAUGACUGCGCUUGGUUUCAGUCCUGUCCACGUAACAUCACCUCUUACACAUCACCGACAGGACGGCUCCAGCCCCCCUUUCAUAGCAAUUAUGAUUUCCUGCUUAGCGAGAUCAACUCCGAUUCACAGGGAGCAGCAGAAGACGAGGAGUUCAUCGAGUUGUGGCAUCCAUCUGGCUUCCGUAUGUCCCUCGACUUUAUCUGGCUGGUGAUGAUCAAUGGACAGACUGGAGAUGUUUACUUUGAACAGGAGCUCAGUGGAUACUACACUGAUGAUGACGGAUACUUCCUGAUUGGCAGUGCUAAGCUAGCUGCAGACAUUACCAUCAAAGCCAACACUGUUCAGAAUGGACCAGAUGCCAUAGCGUUAUAUCGCAGCGAGUCUCCGCCCUCCAAGGGGAGUCAGAGUAUUCCUACUGAAGGUUUGCUUGAUGCAGUGGUUUACCGUACUCGUGGAUCUGACAAAAAGGCUUCGGAGCUAACUGAAGUGCUGACACCUGGACAGCUCCCCCUGCUGGAGGACAUCAACGCGUUUCCCGGUGAUGAGACGCUCACCCGAUGUGGAGCUGACAGACUCAACCUCAAUGCUUACAGGGUCGCUUCUCCAACACCAAGGAAAAGGAAUGACUGCCCAGCCACACCCACUAUAGCCCCGCCCCCAGAGGGUGUCAUCUUAAAUGAGUUUGGUGUGGACAACUCGUGGCAUCCUUAUGUGGAGCUGUCUGGUCCACCGUUGACUUCAUUGCUUGGAAUUAUUUUGGUAUUUUUUGUGGAUAAAGCUACAACAAUAAACUACCCGCUAACUGGCAGCAUAGGAAGUGAUGGACUCUAUCUUCUUAAGAAUGACUCUAGUGCAGAUCGGGGUUUGCCAGUGCUUAAUAAGUUCAGCGCAGUGGUUUUGUGUUUUGAGCCGUCAGGAUCUGGCAUUUGCGGGGCUGACUCACGUCAUUUGGACCGGCUCAUCAUGUCCAAUGAAACGUGGUUACCGAGGAGUCUCCGUUACAGCACAUCAGACAUCAAAUUACCAGACAUGAGAUACCCAGUGCCAGGUUUGGAUUCUACAUCUCGUUGCGCGACAGAUGGGCCUACACAGUGGGUUUAUUCCCAAGGGACUCCUCGUCUACAGAACCUCUGUCCAAGUCCUGCCCGUUCCAUCUCUGUGGACCUGUGCCUGCAGACGGAAAAUAAUGAUUGGCAGGGAAAAUCAGGAAGUUGUGACAAGGAGGGAUUUGCUGAUUUAUUAGAACAGUUUUGUAAAUGCGGCAUCACAAGCUUACAUCUUAAGGGUGUGAAUGUAUCCUGUGUAUUGCAGAGAGUGCAUGCCGUGGGGUCUGUCUUUGCUGCAUUUGAUGAGCAGAGGGUGAGUCUCACCUCAAGACUGAAUGACGACAAACUCUUGUGUCCAGCGGGACAGGAACGACAGGUUCAAGGAGCAGGGGCAUCUGUCGGCCUGCAGGUGGGGCUUGUGCUUACAGCGAUUCUGUUGUUUGCAUUGGGUGCUGCAUUGUUUGUUUACCUGUACAAAAAAAGGCGGCCUGCUGACUACCUCUCAAUGCAGCUCAGCGAACAGGCCGAGACGCCACUUCAACUUUAGUGUGUUUGCAUGAGUGUGCAUGUGAGUUUGUGUGUGGGUGAAUGCUUGCAGAAUCAUAUAUGUUUGUGUAUUUUUAUGAAGUGUAGUGUUUUUAACUACUUACUUGUGCUUGAAAUGCAAGCACACAGAUUCACACAGAUUUCAAGUUUUUUCAAAGCCAUAUUAUUGAACCUGCAAUAUAAACAGCCCAAUGAUUUUCAUUUGUUUAACAUUGUUUAACUUGAUGAAUGUUUAAACCGAAGUUCUAAAGAACAUUCUUUUAUUAAAUCCAUCCAUAGGGUGUAAUUUCUGUGCCACUAGCUUCACCAAACAGAAUUGCAAAAAUAAUCGCUGUUUUCAAACAGAUCCAACCUCUACCAACCUGAGUUGACUCCACAUAUUUAGCUGGGGUAUGAGAAAUAAUUUAAAAUCUAAAAGAUUACACAUCAUAUUUUGGUACAGUUUCUAAUGUUAAUUGAAAAUACAUACCAGUACAAAUUUGCUGCAUCCAGAAUAAGAUAACAACAAAUUUUAGCAAAGCUUGUUGUGAUAUGUUACAAUUUUACUAUGGACAUGAGACCCAUGAGACCCAAAGAUCUCAGACAUACAAAAUGCACAGUGUUCCUCAAAUUCUGCUGAAGCUGUUGAAAAAAACAAACAAAACAAAACAGUGUUUUCUAAAUGAGAAAAACUUUGAAAUUACAAACCGAAAUAAACAAAACAAAAACAAUGAAAAAUGGCAAUAUUUCAUGUUAGUAUGUUAGAUAUUAAAGGGAUGGUUCACCCAAAAAUUAAAAUUCUCUCAUCAUUUACUCACUCUUAUUCUAUCCCAGAUGUGUAUGACUUUCUUUCUUCUGCAGAACACAUAUUAAG